AUGAGCACCGUAAGCAAUGAAGAAGCACAGCAGGCUGUGUUCUAUCACUACAAGCAUGCCUUUUCUGGUUUUGCUGCAAUGCUGAAUGCAAGUCAGGCAAAAAUGUUAGCAAAGAGUGAAGAGGUUGUAUCCGUGUUUGAGAGCAAAGUAUUGCAAGUGCAAACCACAAGAAGCUGGGACUUUAUGGGUCUGGAUCUUGACAGCAGCAAUCCAUUGCAGCUACGUUAUGGGGAUGACGUUAUUGUCGGGGUGAUCGACACAGGCGUAUGGCCCGAAUCAGAUAGUUUUAAAGAGGAACCCGGGAUGGGACCCAUACCAAAGUCUUGGAGAGGAGAAUGUGUGGGCGGCGAACAAUUCGAGCCGAAGAGGGCGUGCAACAGGAAGCUGAUCGGUGCGCGGUACUACCUGGCCGGGUUCGAGAGCGAAUUCGGGAAGAUCAACCCGGAUGAGAAUUUCACAGAGUACAGAUCGGCUCGGGAUUUCGAAGGGCACGGGACCCACACGGCCUCGACGGCGGUGGGGUCGAUAUCGAACGGGGCGAGCCUGUCAGGAUUUGGUCGGGGGAGGGCCAGAGGCGGGGCACCCAGGGCCAGGCUGGCGGUGUAUAAGGCCUGUUGGACUAUGGAAGGAAAAGUUGGAGUAAUAAGGACUAUGGAAGGAAAAUGCAGUGAGGCUGACUUGCUUGCGGCUUUCGACGACGCGUUGCGCGAUGGGGUCCACGUCAUAUCGGCCUCGUUCGGGGAUUCGCCCCCUCUCUCACCCUUCUCCAACUCGGCUAGUGAUAUUGGCUCGUUUCACGCGAUGCAGAAUGGGGUGAGCGUGGUGUUUUCGGCAGGUAAUUCUGGGCCGGACCCAUCUCUGGUGGAGAAUGUCAACCCUUGGAGCAUCUCUGUGGCAGCCUCCACAAUCGAUCGAACUUUUCCCACAAAGAUUUUGAUUCAUACACAUACACAUACAGAUACAAAUACAACAGAUGCAGAUAUAGGGACCUCCUCCUCUUCCUCCUCCUAUUUAACUCUUUAUGUGUGUAUUUAUGUAUGUUUGUUCCACUCCAGGACUUGUUCUCCUUAUACGAGGAACGGGAAUGAUGCCUCGGGCAAGAUAAUGUUGUGUUUCUCCAUCUCCACCGACUCACCCGUCCCAAGUCUCAUCAUGGAGUUGGGAGCCUUUAUAGCCAAUGCAUCAGCAGUUAUCAUUGUCCAGGCAUUAACAAAGCCUGUAGCAUCUGAGGGUAUUUUACUCCCCACCAUACAUAUAGACAACAUCCAAGGAACAAGAUUGCAUCAGUACUCCAACAUGACCAAGCUCACAAUCUUACCAAGUGAAACAGCUUUCAGACGGUCACCAGCACCAAUCGUAUCAGAUUAUUCUUCUAGAGGUCCAAGCUCGAUUUCCCCUAGUAUUCUUAAGCCCGAUAUUAGUGCACCAGGAACAAACAUAUUGGCCUCAUCGUGUCCCAAGCCAUCAAAGCAUAUUGUAGGUCCUGACGAUAGAUCCGUUUGGAAAUUCGACUCGGGGACUUCAAUGGCUUGUCCUCACGUGUCCGGCAUUGUUGCCCUCCUCAAAUCAGCACAUCAAAACUGGUCCCCUGCUGCAAUUAGAUCCGCCAUUAUGACUACUGCUCAUAACUUAGACGUAAAUGGCGAUGGCAUAUUGGCACAACCAACCACAAAAACUGCCAAUGCAUUUGACAUCGGUGCUGGGCACGUUAAUCCGCUCAAGGCAAUCGACCCUGGACUGGUCUAUGAUAUGAAGGCUCGGGAUUACGUGUUUUUCUUGUGCAACAACGGUUAUUCUAACAAACAAAUAAAAGCCAUUGCAAAGUGUCAGCCACAAGACACAUGCCCGAAAUGCUCUGAUCCUAAUCGCGUCUCGGAUAUGAACCUCAACUACCCAUCAAUCACUGUGCCAGACCUCAAAAACAGCACAACCGUCAAAAGAACCGUUCGCAACGUUGGACAGAAAAACCCGACCACAUACAACGUUAGCAUCGUCAAACCCAAUGGGGUUCAGGUUGUGGUUCGCCCCACCACCAUGAGAUUUUCGUCUGUGAAUCAAGAAAAAACUUAUUAUGUCACACUGACGCCACUGAAAGAAUCUGAAGGCAGAUAUGAUUUCGGCUCCAUUACUUGGUCCGACGGGUCUCAUCGGGUCAGGAGCCCACUUGUUGUUCAAAUUAACAAUUUGCCCGCUCAAUCUAAUUGA